GACCGAGCCGAGUCCGAGCGCUCUCGGCUCCCCACCACCCCUCCCUGCUACCUGCCCACUCGCCCGACCGAACCCUAGGCGGCGCGGCCAAGCUGCCCGUCCCUUGCCACCUCCGCCACCCACCGUCUCCCACUUCCCGGCUCCGGCAGCACCCUCGCCGCCUCCGUUCCCCCAUCGUCUCUCCCGCCUCCACCGCCAGCCGGCGAGCUGCCCGAAGCUCCCUCUAGUCCCGCAGGCCACAGUGGUCCAACUUCCCCAAUGGUUCUAGGCAGCAACAUUUCCAUCCAGAAAACCUUAUACGAGGUUUUAUCUGUGAGUGAAGAUGCUACAUAUGAUGAAAUCCGUGCAGCAUACAAGUCUGCUGCUCUGAACACACAUCCUGACAAAGCACAUAUAACUCUAGAGUCAUCUGUGCCUUCCAGUGAGCAGCAAGAAUUUCUGAGCGUGCAGAAAGCUUGGGAAAUACUACGUCAUCCUGCAUCUAGAGCAGACUAUGAUAAGCAGCUGCAAUCAUCCAGACAGAACCUUGAGAUCAUUGCAUCUGAAAUCGAAGUUGGGGAUAUGAUCAUCGAGAGCACUGCUGAUACUGUGGAGCUGAUGUACCCAUGCAGGUGUGGUGACUAUUUUUCCAUCACUUCGUGUGAACUUAAUGAGAUGGGAAUAUUGGUCAGUGGAGAUGGAGAAGUAGAACAGCAGGUGUCUGGUUCUGAAUCAGCUUCUGUCGUUCUGGGCUGUGGCUCUUGUUCUCUCAAAGUUCGUUUGGUUAUAAAUGAAACUUCAUAAUACAUUUCAGACUCUGGUUGUAUGUUUCCCGGCAGUGAUAAGUUUGAGCAAAUGACCUCAAAAUUAUUGAAGAAUAUGCCUCUGGUUUUCCUGAAAAUAGUGCAGACUAAGAUUAUUAGUUCUUCUGGGAAGUACUGUGAGAUCCUGAUGGGGGUUGCAUUGUGAUAAAUGACGCCUUGACCGUUGUAAUCAGCUAACCACCAUUGUCAAUUGCAGACGCUGGGAAUUUAUAAUUUAAAAUGCCCCCGAGGUGGUUAUCCGGUA